AGCUUUUCUUGCCCCCACCAACGACGUUUCACUGGCAAAACCGUUGGCCGCUGUGCUUGUUGUUUGCACUGCCACCACACACACAGCAGACUUCUUGCUCUUCUGUUUCUUGGUUCCUUUCCGUUCCUUCCUUCCUUUCCUUCUUCCCCACAACGUCAUCCGAUAUGACACAAACACACACACAUGCACACACACACGCACACGCAUGCAAAUGCAUCCACUUGGUUUGACCCAACACCACCCAAACCCACUUGCUGGAUGUUGAAGGGUGUCAGGGUUUGCCAACCAUCUAGUGUGUUGAUAUGUGGUUGCUUUUCCUUCCUUCUUCUCUUAUGACCUUUCAUCACGCCGUUGCUCGAUGAUGUGGAUGAUGAUCACACACGCAAACACACACACACACAUGCACACACAUGCACAUGCGCACACGCUCCACUGCCACAUGCACUGAAACAUCCGUCAUGCAAUGUGUGCGUGCUGUGCUGUGUGUGUGUGUGUACGUGCUGUGUAGUUUAAGUUGCAUCUUGCAUCGACCGUUUUCUUUUUCUCAUCAUCGUUGCGUGCCCCGCAUGCACUCGCGUGUGUGUGUGAUCAUCACCCUUGUUGGUGUCGUUGUGUUGUGCCGCCAUUCUCAUGUCAAUCAGCAGCAGGCACACACAUACACACAUCACCUCGUCUCUCUGCUGAUAUCGAGAUCCGCCCGCCGCGUCUCCGUCUGCUUCAUUUUCCAAGCCAGCGCGCCAUUUAUCCAUCUGGCCUCGACUCCCAUCAGCCAUCUCUGUGCCGCACCACUGCGAGUGUCCAACCCAUAUCAAGCCCCCAUCUCGCGUCUCGGAAUCGCCCACUUGCGUCAGUUAGCCGCCUGGAUAGCUCAACCCAACCCACAACCCACGACCGCAACCACAACCGCAACCACAACCACAAGUUCCAUACCACCACUCAACCCGACUCAACCACCACGCAAACAAGCACAGCACCGCUCCAUCAAGAUCAUCACCUCCAUCGCAGCUGACGAACCCAAAAUUUCAGCACUCGCUGCCCCAACAACACUCCCACGUAUCAGCACAACCGUUGCUGUCGGUUGUGACCGUUGCCGGACUGACUGAAGUGUGCGGCAACACCCUGCCAAAGGGUUUCUGUAUUUUCGACCCCCGUGUCCGUUGCCGCGUACGCGCUCACGAGUGCGCUCGCAACGCUUGCGAGCCGCCACACACCGGCACGUCUCAUUUUUUCCCCUCCAGCUCGCUCGCUCCUCUUCCUCAUUCCACAACAACCACAACCACACCGCCUCCAACAAACACCAACCACCUGACACGACACAGCAACUCCAGCUAACCUCAGCGCAGCAUCGUCGGUUUGACCAUUUUCACCAACACCAACCCUCAAAACACAAGCCAGAUCAAACGAGCGCUCACGCAGCACGAGCGGGUGCGCACCAAUCUCCAUCCACACCAGCAGCACAUCCGUCACGGACCAAACCAGCAGCAACAGCAACAGCGCCAUGUCCAGCACAACGGCAGCGGCCACGGCGGCGGCCGCCACUUCUUCGGACACCGACGACCUCACCGCCCUCGACUGGCUCACCACCAUCACCAUCAAGUGCCCCUCUGUUGAGACAGAUGCACCCGCAACGCCAGCGGCAUCGCACCGGGGCCUUCACGCGUCUCUGCUGUGCAAGGGCGCUGGCACAACAGCAGCGUCAAGCGCGGCGUCUGCGGGCAGCAGCACCGGCCACGAUGGCGAACACAGCGGCAACGCAACGUCCUCCGCAGCUGACGCGCCAACGCAUAUGCCGCCGUCCCUCCUUGCCUGGCUCACACAGUGCGGCGCGGCAGCCUCAGCGUCCACUGCAUCCAACACACCAUCCACGGCAACAGGCAAGGCGGCAGCGACCACCAAAGCAGGCACACGCGGCAGCUCCAAAUCCUCCUCAUCCUCAUCGUCGUCGUCAUCGUCGUCGUCAUCGUCGUCAUCGUCAUCACAGCGCCGGAGCGCACGCGCGUCCCGCCAACUGGCCAACCUCAUUGCGCACACGCUCUCUGAGGUGCAGGAGACGAAGCCAACCGGCCUCACCUCUCUGCAGAUUGUUAAGGCCAUUGUCGCCGAGCACCCUUUCCUCACCAAGCAGCAGCAGGCAGCCCUCAAGACGCUUGUGCGGCAGGAGCUGUUGAACAACGCCCGCUUCCGCCGCGCGCGCAAGGGGAAGACCGACAAGCCGUCUUGCAACGCGUGCUGGAUUGUCGUGUCGACUUCAUCGACAGCAUCGGCACGCAAGUCCAAAUCGUCAGCUCGCUCAUCGAACAGCGGCACUGGCACUGCUGGUGCUGGUGCGCUGAAGCUCAAGAUCAAGACGGAGGAGCUCUCGUCGUCACGGGCCUCUCGCCGCACCAGCAAGCGGCGCCACACAUGCACAAGCGAUGACAGUGAUGACGACGUCAGCAGCAGCAGCAGCAGCAGCAACAGCAGCAGCAGCAGCAGCACACACGCGCACGCGGGCAAGCACAAGCACAAGCAUUCGAGCAGCCGCAAGUCGCUGCAGUACAGCAACAGCCAGACACCAGGGCACCUGCCACGCACGCGGCCAAGCUCCGAUGUCUUCAAGCACGGCUGGGAGUUUCUGCUCGACUUUGACUCUCCGCUCGACACCACAGCAACAGCCGCACAGGGCAGCAUGUGUGCCAGCUGCAGCGCACACACGCGCGGCAGUGGCAGUGGCGCAGCUGUUGAUCUGCGCGGGCGUGUUGGUGGCAUGGUGAUGGCCGCAGACACACCGUUCCCAUCGUCAUCGUCGCCAGCAACGUCACUGUGCACGUGUGGACAGCCUGCAACCAAGCGCAGCAAGCGCUCGCGAACACGCACACGAGGCCCGCACCACCGCCCUGACCACAUUGACGAUCACGACGUGGUGCAGUGGUCGUCAGCGUCAACCGGCAGCACUGGCGGCCUCUCUGAUUGCGACAACGAGGGCUCCUCCCCGCUCGCACCAGCACCGUCCACCACGUCCCUUGCCUCGUCCACUUCCUUUACACAUCACCACCAACAGCACCAUCGCGCGUCCUCGUCAUCAUCGUCGUCGUCGUCGUCGUCGACUUCGUCACCAUCCCUCUCCGUGGAUGCCCUUGACGCGUGGGUGCUUGGGGAACACAUGUUGGAGACAGAGCUUCACAUGGAGCUACCGCCCACCCCUACGUUCGGUGUCCCCGGUGCACACGGCGCAGCCUUCCACGGCCACGGCCACGGCAGCCGUCGCAACAGUCACCACGACACCUACCAGCAGCAUCAGAUGCAGCAGGGUUCACCACACCAGCAGUACCAGCAGCACGCGAACAGCCGGCCAGGCUGCUACACCAACACGCCAUCGUCGCACAGCACGAGCAAGGCUUAUGGCAGCGGCGGCUACGGCGGCAUUGUUUUGAAGCCGCUGCCUCUGAACACGGUUGCGUCUGCCCCAACCAACUUGCGCGCGUUUGCAAAGGACCAGGAGGAGCAGCCGCUGUUCACGCCCACAUUCAAGAAGACAGAUGCAGCCGGCAGGCGCCAAUACAGCAACAGCAGCACGCGUACCACAAGCACGCGCAGCAGCGGCGGCAACGACAGCGAUGACAGCGAUGGCGCCGCGCCAUUUGUGAGCUCGUUUACGUUUGCCCUUGAGGAGCAUGAGCGAAACAACACGUCGCACCGUGGUGACCACCGCACUGCCAGCGCUGCUGACGCAAAGGAUGUCCAUGUCAAUGUCGAUGUCGAUGAUGAUGAUGCUGAUGAUCAUGCACUGAGUGCACACAGCUCGUCAUCUCGUUCGCACGCACGCAGCACGCGUCACCGCACAGCAGCCCACCACCAGCACCACCAGCACCACAGCGUGUUGGAUGACCUGGACAUUGAUCUCCCGUUUGGGGAUCUCGGCAACUCGUUCACAGCGACCAGCCUACGCCUGCUGACGAGCGCCAUGUGAGGACGACGCGUUGGCGAUGUGAUGCCGUCGCCGCCGCUGUUCUUCCUUGGAGGACGUGGCUACUGUUACAAGAUCAUUGGUUGUUGGUUGUCGUUGGUUGGUCGUUGAUGGUUGUUGAUUAUUGGUUGAUGGUUGUUGGUUGUUGUCGUCGCCUUCUCCACUACCCUCCUGUGCGGUCCAUUGCAUCAUACCCGAUCCACAACAGCAGGCUGUGCCUCAUCGUGGCUUGGCCCAAUGCACACACACACACGCACGCACACAAACACACACAAACACACUUGUCUAUCCUCGCUUCUUGAAGGUGCUUGUGGGUUGGUGACAUUUGAUUUGCCAUUGACAUGUCUCAAUCACAUUGCAUGUACAUCUCCCAGCUUCCCCCUUUCCUUCUGUGUUUUCUUCAACUCGCGUUAGCCCUCUCUUAUUGCCAACCCCAACAUAUUUGACAUAUCACGCUUCCCUGACCGCCUGUCCCUAGACGCGGGCGCUCUUUGUGUUAUUGCGUACACGGGGCGCACGCGUGGUGUUUAUCAACGUAUCAACGCUGCGUGUGCUUAGCUUCGCCUUUUUUGCAGGCCGCGUUCUUGCUGGUAUGCCUGCUGCCUGUUAAGUGGCUUGAUGCCACCCCCUCCCCUCCUUAACGCUUUGAGCGUCACGCUCACCCAGACGUCGUCGCUUUGUUCAUUGCGGCUGGUCGUUCGUUUGUCACCUUCACCCCGCGGCCUUGUUUGCUGUCUGCGUGUUUGGUGCACCUUUACUAGCUUUCCUCCUUUAUUGCACAUGCACAUAACUUUCCUGGGUUGCAAAUGCGUCUGCAUGGGUGUUGUUGUCAUUCUGUUGACGUCACGCCACUGGUUUUACGGGCGCAUUGCUCCUGCUUUCCUGCUCCUAACACGCGUUCACCACCAUGGUCAUGGUGCAAUAUCAGAAUCACCGUUCCCAAUACACAGGCAUUGGUUUCA